CACGCGCAGUAGCACCCCAGUGCCCAGACACUGCGACCGUGCGUACGUGACGUGCCGGCCGGGUCGGGUGGCCAUGAGCACCAGCGCGGCCUCCUCCUCCUCCUCUCCGCCGCUGACGCCGCCGUCCCCGCUGCCGGUCAGCGUCGGCCCGGGACGCCGGCCGUACGCAUUCACGCCGUCCCCGUCCGCGUCGCCGCCCUUCUCUUCGCGUGACUUCGACGCCUCGCCGUUGCCGUCGCCGUCGCGGUCGCCGCUGCUAGCGCAGCGGGCGGUGCGGUCCGAGCCGCGGCUGCUGCAUUACUCCGCCUUCUCCAUGGACGCCGCCGCGUCCGCUCGUCGGGAGCAGCCGCCGAGAAGACGAUUUGAUCUCGGCGCAUGGUGUUUUGAGUGGGUGCUGAUGCUGGUGCGCUGCUGCUGCUGCUCCUGGAGGCCGGCGUCCACGCAGCAGCUCUGCUAGUCGAUGAUGAGAUGCGACUGCGAUGCUGGUCAUCCAUGCGAAUAUGUGCCAAGCUUGCUGUGACUGUUUAUUCACGAGUGUUAUGACUUUGUGUUUGUCGUUGUUGCGUUUGCGUCACUAUCCGUGCACAAAAUGUUACGGGACUGUAGUCAUAAGCAGCGAACAUUCGCCGCAGUUCACGAGGACGUCAAUUUUCGGCGAAAACAGAACUAUGGCGGAGUUGUCAUGCCCACCAAGGCCUCCUUUGAUUCAUAGGAUUGGAAAAUCACAGAAAUAGAAAAGUCGUAGAAAAUGAGAUGACAUGCAUCUCAAAUCCUAUGCAUAGGAAUAGAAAAGGAGAUGCCCUUUGAUUCGCAUCAUAGGAUUUUUUUUCAUUGAGUC